CGGCUCUCCUAGCGGCGCGGGUGGAGUGCGGCUGUGGAUCCGAGCUGCUGAGUGCCACCAUGUUCCAGGGUGCCGAAAUCGGGUCGGCCAAGCCUAGCUCCAGGGUAUUGAAGCCCCCAGGAGGAGAUUCUAGUAAUCUCUUUGGGAGUACAGAAGAACUGUCUUCUUCAAGCAGACCACAUCGGAUGGCAUCCAAUAUCUUUGGAGCAUCAGAACCACCUCAGAAUAUUCCAAAAAGAACAAACCCUCCAGGAGGAAAAGAAAGUGGCAUUUUUGAGGACUCUAGUUCUGCUCAGCCUCGUCCACGCAUGAAUCCACCUGGUGGGAAGACAAGCGAUAUCUUUGGSUCUCCUGUCUCUCCCAGCAUUGUGCGAGCACACCCAAACAAGCCCAAGGAUCAAAUUGUCUUGAAAGAAGAGGAAAUACCAAAGAAUCCAGAAGCUACAGAAAAUAUCAAACCACAUCUGGAAGAUGGAGGUGAGAAAAAACCUCUGGGCAAAGAGGAGCGAUGCAAGGAGCCAGAACCCAAGAUAGACAAUCACGAGCCGCGACUAGGGCCAAGGCCACGCUCACACAACAAAGUCCUCAAUCCGCCAGGGGGAAAAUCCAGCAUUGCAUUCUAUUAGGGUCAUUGUGUCACUGUCACUAAUGGAGAAAUUCUUGUCUGUGUUGGCAAGGUCAGUUUAUAUCUGUUGUGUGUGAAUAGAUUCUUAGGCAGAUGGAUAAGCACCAUGUUAGAGUACAUAGCGAGGAUAACCUGGGGAUUUGGGGAGGGAGGACUGGGGAGGGAAUGGGUGCCUUCUGGAUGAUGUGAGUAUUGGCCUGCCUGGGUAGGUGGCAGAAAAAUCAGUGCUAUUUAGUGGUGAGUUCCUCAGACUGUUAAGUUCUUAGCUAGGUGAUGGCUCAGGACAUUCUUGUGGAGUCAGGCUUAUCCAUACAGUCAACAUGUCAAACCUUGUGAAUGGGAAGGGGCCUGGAGAUCACACCUGAUGAUUCUGAAGUACAGCAGRUAGGCUGGUUUCCCCUAGGCAGUGGGAUGCAGCUUCACAGCGUGAGCUGACUUGCAUUCGUGUGAAUAUAAAUAAGUUCCCCUGGAACAAUUAGUGCUGCCAUAGUUAGGAGUUUCUUCAGUCAUUGCUCCUCUUUCUUCUUUCUUGCUUUGCAGCCCAUGAUUGCUGAUACAAGGACAAAAUACGCUGAAGGUUUCUUUURUGCUCAUAAACCAUCGUAUGUUUGUAAAGAUUGUGGUCCUCCCCUCCCCGGUAUUCAGGUCUUCYGGAUGCCUUUAGUAAUCUGCUGAUUACUGUUACUAGCUCUUCACAUGCUGUUUCAUGUAGGUGCUUUUAUGUUUACUGGUAAAGAUGUGGGUGCAAAUGACUGCUUUAUCAUAGUCUUUGAACAGAGGCAACUUGAAGUUUACAGAUACCAUGGAGAAUAGGCUGAGGUGUCAGCCAGGUCACUCUGACCCAGUCUAUCUAAAAAGGGCUUAGCUUCAGUACAGGUUUUCACUUGGCUCCCCAUGGAAACCAGGACUGUUCUCCUAUCUCCAUCACAGUGAAUUUCCUGUUGGUUUUACCUGUGCUGAGUCUGUUAGUGAAUUCUCCUGUAUUUUGUUAGCCUUACCUUUGCCUUUGAUUGUCUCAGAUUCUUGUUGGGAGAACUAUGUGAGUUCUCCCCAGGCUAGAGCUGUAGUUAAUUUUGCCGUAGAUUAGUUGGAAAAACCUUCGUUGGAAAAACAAAGGCCUUAGCAAUACAAGCCUUCUGUUUGUGGUGGCUAUUGUAAAUCAUGUUUGGAAGAUGUGUAUGUUUUGCACAGACGUUUUUGGGUGAGGGUUUGUUCUCUGAGUGGAUUUUAUGAUCAUAUCCAGAGCUUUGAUAUAUGAAUGUUAACAUAAGGUUCUUACUGUUAAGAAUAUUAAAUACUGACCUUUUAAAUCUGACAUACCAAAACAGYGGUUGUUCAGGUACACCAAAGAACAAGUGGCCUUAUUGUAUAUAUCCACUGCUGUUCUAGCCCAGGUUCCCUGGGAACUGCUGCCAUUGAGGGGGUGCUGGGCCAGGUGCUAAACUGCUCUGUGAUUGUAAUGCUUCCUAGGCCAUGUAGUUCCCUUGCGCCAGCAGUGGUGGGUGACUGCUUUAAGACAUAGUUGCCUUUUCUAAUAGUGAAAUAUAUGGGGCAGUGCUAAUAGAAACAGCCAUGGAAAGUAGGGAUUUCAAUGCCUUUGUAAUUUUCAGAUUGGUUUGGAGCUGCCUGUUAUUUUUCCCCUGAGGAAAACAAGGCAGUAGUUCAAACUGCAACCCUGGGAUGAACUUACGUUACUUCCAAACAUGUAUUUCCUAGCAACUCUUUCUGAGUCUGUGCUCUCUAGCCUCUGGCUGAGUCUCAGAUACAUUCUCUGUUUCAGUUCCUUGUUCCAGUACUUGACAGGAAGCUGUCAUGUGGAAAAGUCAACCAGAGGCUGCUUCCUGCAUUGCAGGCUCUGGCAUAGUUGAUGUUAACCUGCAAUACCAAUCAUUUGGCUUCUUUUAAUACUUGAUGUGCAUUGGCUUCAGUGCCUGUCUUUUAAACAGCAAUUUCUAACUAGGCCUUAAAUUAGUUAAACAAUGUUAAUUUUCUUGCACUUCAUUCUUUGGAAUCUGAACAAUKUUUUCAACUCAGCAAGUAAGAUUGAUCUGAGCAUUUCUCCAGGUCAGAACGGGUUUGGAAAUCAAAUGAUGGAACAUGCAGUUGUCAAUAAAUCUCUGUAUUUUGUUACUUCA